AUGUAUUUUCUAACCGGCUGGCCACGGAGGCUGCUUUGUCCGCUGAGGAGCGAAGAGGAGCCCUUCUACAUCCAGCCUAGCUCCCAGCGGUUUUACUUCGCUCUGCUGUCAGAGACGCAGCUCAGCGUCUGGUUUAGUCGGCCCAGUGUUUUGAUAGUCAGCUAUAUUGAGUCUGCAAAGGCGGCGGCUCAGUUUGGCUUCUACCAGAAAGCAGAAUGGAAACCAGACGACUCAAUGAUAGCUGUGGCGACUGCCAAAGGCUACAUCCUUUUGUUUGAUGUUUUAGGUGGAGGGGAUGACAAAUGCCUCUAUGAGCCCGUCUAUCCAAAGGGAAGCCCUCGUGUGAAGGUGACCCCAGGUUAUAAGGAGGAGCAAUGUGCGCCUGCACUCUCUCUAGAAAUGAAGAAGCCUGUGGAUCUGGAGGCCCCUAUCACCAGCUUGCAGACCCUGCAGGAGGAUUUGCUGGUGUGUACUGCAGACGGCUACCUCCAUGUGCUACACUGGGAUGGGCUAGGCAGCAAUGGACGCAAGGCUAUCUGUCUUACUACAAUCCCCUUCUCACUGGACCUGCAGUCUGCUCGAGGUGGUCCUUCUCUUGACCUGGAAGGAGUUUAUAUCUGUUGUAUGGAGUACUGUGUGACCCUGGAUGGCUUUGCUGUCGUACUGAGUGAUGGACGCCUGGGCUUUAUCACCCCACUGAGUAACACCAUCACUGCAGAUCAGUUGCAGGGUGUCUGGGCGGCAGAUGUGACUGACGGCACCUGUGUGGCAGUCAACAACAAGUACAGGCUGAUGGCCUUUGGCUGCGCCAGCGGCUCAGUGCUGGUGUACAUGAUAGACACCACAACGGGAUCGAUGCAGCUCUCCCACAAACUGGAGCUCACUCCAAAACACUAUCCAGACAUCUACAAUAAGACAGGCCCUGUCAAGCUAAUCUGCUGGUCACCUGACUACAGCGUUGCCAUGGUUACAUGGGAGUGUGGCGGCCUGUCGCUGUGGAGCGUCUUUGGGGCUCACCUCAUCUGCACUCUGGGAGAGGACUUCAUACAUCGUUCUGAUGGUACCAAGAAGGACCCACUUAAGAUCAGCUCUAUGAGCUGGGGGGCAGAGGGCUACCACCUAUGGGUGCUUCCUAACAAACAGGAGAGGAGAAGACAAGAGGAGCAGCAGGAUGUAGAGAUGGUUGCACCUCCUACCUCCGCCCCUUUGCAGGCUGGCAUACUGCAGUUCCACUUCAUUAAGAGUGCCCUCACAGUCAACCCCUGCACGAGUAACCAGGAGCAGGUGUUACUCCACGGUGAAGAUCGUCUCUACCUGACCUGUGGUGACCCCACACAGAUCCACAGCAGCUCUGACACACACCCGCGCACACACUUACACCCACAUGACGGCAGCCCGCUGCACCCACCCCCCAACCCCGACUCCGCUCUCUCUCAGGGACUCAGCACUUUACUUGGACACAAGCACUGGCACGUGGUCCAGAUUCACAGCACAUACCUAGAGAGCAACUGGCCUAUACGGUUUGCAGCCAUAGACACAGCAGGCCAGUACAUGGCUGUAGCAGGGAGGCGAGGCUUUGCACACUACUCCUUAUUUACAAGAAAAUGGAAGCUGUUUGGGAAUAUCACUCAGGAGCAGAACAUGAUGGUCACAGGAGGUCUGGCUUGGUGGAAUGACUUUGUGGUGGUGGCCUGUUACAAUUUUAUAGACCAGCAGGAGCAGUUGAGGCUCUAUCAACGCUCAUCCAACCUGGACAAUGCCUUUGCUUCGGUUACUAAGCUACAUUCAGACACUCUGCUACUCAAUGUCUUCAGAGACAUGGUGAUACUGUUCAGAGCCGACUGCUCCAUCUGCCUUUAUAGUAUAGAGAGGAAGAAUGACAGUCCCAACCCGACUGCCAGUGUGGAGCUGCUGCAGGAAGUAUCAAUGUCUCGAUACAUCCCUCAUCCAGCCCUUGUGGUCUCUGUUACUCUUACGUCUGUGCGCACAGAGACGGGGAUCACAUUGAAAGCCCCGCAGCAGGCCUGCAUGGCAGAGAGCAUUAUGUUAAAUCUGGCUGGCCAGUUGAUCAUGCUACAGAGGGACCGUUCAGGACCGCAAGCACGGGAGAAAGACACGGCUGCUGUCAACAAGAAGCUGCUGCCAUUUUGUCCUCCUGUCGUGUUGGCCCAGUGUGUGGAGAAUGUGUGGACCACCUGCCGUUCAAACAAGAAAAAGCGGCAUUUGCUGGAGGCCCUUUGGUUGUCCUGUGGAGAGGCGGGCAUGAAAGUCUGGCUGCCGCUUUUCCCCCGAGACCAUCGCAAGCCCCACUCGUUCCUCUCCAGACGCAUAAUGCUGCCCUUCCACAUCAACAUCUAUCCUUUGGCUGUGCUGUUCGAGGAUGCCCUCGUACUGGGGGCAACCAAUGAGACCGUGCUCUAUGAUGGGCUACAGGGAUCCUCAGAGCCACUGGAGGCACUGUUUCCAUACUGCACCGUAGAGAGGACCUCACAGAUCUACCUCCACCACAUCCUGAGACAGCUGCUGGUUCGCAACCUGGGUGAACAGGCUUUGAUGCUGGCUCAGUCAUGUGCCUCCCUCCCCUACUUCCCCCAUGUCAUGGAGCUGAUGGUUCAUGUAGUGCUGGAAGAAGAGGCAACAUCGCGGGAGCCCAUACCCGACCCUCUGCUUCCCACCGUUGCGAAGUUCAUCACAGAGUUCCCACUGUUCCUCCAGACCAUCGUCCAUUGUGCCAGGAAGACAGAGUAUGCCCUGUGGAAUUACCUGUUUGCAGCCGUGGGAAACCCCAAAGAUCUCUUUGAGGAGUGUCUCAUGGCUCAAGAUCUGGAUACAGCAGCCUCCUAUCUGAUUAUACUGCAGAAUAUGGAGGUUCCAGCAGUGAGCAGACAGCACGCCACUCUUCUCUUCAACACGGCACUCGAGCAGGGCAAGUGGGACCUCUGCCGACACAUGAUCCGAUUUCUCAAAGCCAUUGGUUCAGGGGAGAUGGAGACUCCGCCCCCAACACCCACUACUCAGGAACCUAGCUCAACUGGAGGUUUUGAGUUCUUUAGAAAUCGCAGCAUCAGCUUGUCUCAGUCAGCUGACUCGGUCAACACAGGAAAGUUCAACCUGCAGAAGACCUUCAGUAUGCCCUCUGGAUCUGCUGCUAAAGGUCGGGAUGUGGAGUGUGCAGAGAACAUGUAUAUUGACAUGAUGCUCUGGCGACACGCCCGCCACCUCCUGGAGCAAGUGCGCCUUCGAGAUCUGGGAUGCUUUUCUGCUCAGCUGGGCUUCGAGCUCAUCAGCUGGUUAUGUCGCGAACGAAACCGCGUGGCUCGAGUUGAUGAUUUUGUUACAGCACUGAAGAAACUCCAUAAGGAUUUUCUCUGGCCGUUCCCCGUUAUUCCUGUGGGAAGCCUCAGCUCACCACUGAAGAACGGACGUUGUCGUCCAGUACUGAGCACACGGCUGUUGAAAUCACAAUCAGCGGACAGCCUGCUGAACAAUGACAUGGACACGGCACCACCUGAGGCAGCUCCUACCAACCACACCUGGAUGGAUGGUCUCGGGCAGAGGGCCAAAGACAUGGACACAGCCUCAUCUGCUCAUUCCAACCAACACUCACCACAGACUCAUGACGCCUUCCUGUCGCUUCUCACCAACAAAGUCGAAGAGUACAGUAUCGGCUCGGCCACAGACCUCACCGAGAACAGCUCAGUGGUGGAUGGCGACUGGACGAUGGUGGACGAGAACUCCUCCACUUUGAGCCUGAGUCAGGCCGAGCUGGAGCACAUCUCCAUGGAGCUGGCCAACAAAGGCCCACACAAGUCCCAGGUGCAGCUCAGGUAUCUCCUCCAUGUGUUCAUGGAGGCGGGCUGUCUGGAGUGGUGUGUGGUGAUUGGGUUGAUCCUACGGGAUGCAAAUGUCAUCAAGCAGGUGAUCAGCUUCCUGGACAACCCAGAGGUUCCUCCAGAAACCGUGCAGAGUGUCCGAAACGGAUUAUUAGCAGUCGAUGCAUGGGCCUCCACAGACUGCCUGGGUUACAAACCGUUUCUCAACCUGAUCCAGCCGCAGCUGCAGCGGCUGAUGGACUCGUCGUCUGAGCAGGUCCAGCCCGAAGCGUUCCAGCCAGCCAGCCAGUGCUCCAAGCUCAGUGGCUCUGAAGGUCUGGGAGGAGCCGCGGUACCUCGGGUGGAGGACAGCAGAGGGGUAACGACUCCGCUCGGCCUGGCCUUGCCCUCUCUCGAACCCGCAGGAGUUUUUCCCCGUCCCCCCUCUGAGGACUGUCCUCCCGAACAGACGGAGGAGCAGGGGGAGGAGGAGGGAACCUACGACUGCACCUUGUCCUGAAGCCUCUUCUGGACUUUUAACCUGUGAACCCUUCAAGGGACAAAGAGGAGGAAGCUGCAGCAGUGGCUGACUGGAAAUAGACUUAAUUUUGUGUGUGCCUGUGUGCGUACGUGCGUGCGUAUAUGUAUGUGUACCUCUCCUGCCGGUUCGUACUUCAGUCAGUAUUACCCACUUUUGAGAUUUGCCCUUGCUAUGCUGAGCUAUCAGCCCGACAGGCGCAGAGACAUCACAGCACAAGCAGCCCGCUGGUUCCUUUUAGCAGAACUUAUUUCACCAAAAUCUGCUGUUAGAUUAGAGAAGAAGGUCACUUGUGUCAGUUGUUUUCCAUUGUAGAGCAGCACAUGAAAGCACCGGGGAGAAAGUUCCACUGUUCAGGUUGAGUGAUAGAAUCAGUUCAAAGGGUUUGUUUCAAUUAUCGCGCUGCAUCGCUGAGAAUAAUGUAGAACAAAGAGCUCGAGUCAUGAACCAUUUAUGAGACUUACUGAAGUGUGUCUGAGCCUGCAGUAAGUGAAGUGUGCCGUUCUGUGUGCACAAGAGGUGUUUCAUACUUUCAUACCUCAGUACAAUUUUAAAAUAUUUUGUGAUACCUUUUUCUAUAUUGUAACAUUGUACAGGAUAACAUUAUUUUUCUAUCAAUCAGACCAUGUCCCUCUCCAGUCUCCCUGUGACAAAAAGCUCAAUGUAUGAAUUCUGUGUAAUUCUUGAAAAGCGUUUGAAUUUAAGGUUUCUAAGAAAAUGAUCUGAGUUGAAUCCCACUGUUCUGAGUGCAGACUAGUUUCUUACCACUGAUCAGUACCUCUGCUUAUCUAUUCUUCACACGGCGACACCCCCCCCCCCCCCACACACACACACACACACGCUAUUAAAAAAAA